GGCCAAACAGUAGCAGUCAUCUUCGACAAUGCAUCGGAAUUAUAAUGGGUUCUAUUCUCUCCAUUUGAAUCCUUCCUUCCAUUCUGAUGCUCUCCUGAUAAGCGUAUGGUGCCUGCUGAGGUGACCUGAAGCCUGAGCAAGAGGAGGAAGAAGACAUAGCAGAGAGGUUGGUAGAGAGAGAAGGGAAGAAAGGAAGAGGAAAGAGUGAGGAGGCAUGAAGAUCCAGUGCGACGUGUGCGAGAAGGCGCCGGCGACGCUGAUAUGCUGCGCCGACGAGGCCGCCCUUUGCGCCAGCUGCGACGUCGAGAUCCACUUGGCGAACAAGCUGGCGAGCAAGCACCAGAGGCUUCGCCUCGACUGCCUCUCCAACAAGCUCCCUCGCUGUGACAUCUGCCAAGAGAAGGCAGCUUUCAUAUUCUGUGUCGAGGAUCGAGCCCUAUUUUGCCGGGACUGUGAUGAACCCAUUCAUGUCGCUGGCACCCUUACCGGCAACCACCAGCGUUACCUGGCCACUGGAAUCCGUGUGGCUGCAAAUGCGAUGUGCAACAAGGACUUCAAUGACAAUACCGAACCACCAAACCAAGGGCCAGCCACACCAGCCGCAAAAGUUCCUGAAACACCACAAACCAUUUCAUCAUUCAUGGACUCGGCAUGGGCUGCUGAUGAGUUCCUUCAACUUUAUGACCAAGAAACUGGUUACAAGGGGUCUCCUGUAGGAUAUGAGGAGUUGGAUUGGUUUGCAGACAUUGGUCUUUUCCAUGACCAACUGCCCAAGGCGACCCAAACAGCAGCUCAAGUCCCUGAACUCCCCACCACACAAGCAAGCAACACAGGCUUCUACAGAGCCAACAAAUUCCCUGUUCCACAAGCUAGUGAUACAGGAUUCUACAGAGGCAACAAGUGUGGCACUUUGUUUAAGAAGCCUAGGCUUGAGAUAUCUGAUGAGGAGGAGUACUUCACUGUCCCUGAUCUUGGAUAGUUCUUCGGUGUUGCAUAAGCCUAUCGUAUAAUACUAGUGAUUUGAAUGACUAUAUAAAGACAGAGAAAACAGAGACAGGAGAAGGACAUAAAUAUUUCAACAAUUUCUGAAGAAAAUGUGGAUAGAUUUAUGAUUCAGUUGACUCCAGAACAGUAUAUUUUAGCUUGAUUUGCAUGUUUGUCUAGGAAGUGAAUACAUUUGGUUGCAUAAGCCUAUCGUAUAAUUCUCCUAA